CGACUCGUAUCACUGAACAUUCUGACACGUCUGGCACAGCUACGUAUUUUUUCUUUACUCGCUGACUUCGACCUUCAUGAGAGCAUUGUUGGCCCUGAUUCUUGUGAUUCGUUCGACCCACUCGACCACUUAUUUUAUCCAUAUUCUACCAAUUGUGUGCCCGAUUCUGCAUCUCCUCAUAUUUUUCCUUCUAGUUGCCAUAGCUCGCAAAUUAGAACCCUUAGCAUCAGUUCACCUAUUUCGCGGGACCUCGACCAGCUCGCCCGCCGAUUGCACCAUCUUUUUGUUAUCACUCCUCUAGCCGAAGAGUGGGCAAGCCGCAAGUCGCAUGGUAGUGAAAGCUUGGAGUCGGGUAUCUCGAUUACCGCCGGACUGGCCAUACUUUCGGCCUCUGAGGCUGGCCGAUUUUGUUCGUGGGCUGACAGAUCAUCUUCCGAGACUGAUGUUAGGGCUCGGCUUCAUCUAGCCGACUUGUUACAAAGCCUUUUUCGCUUGACAAAAAUGCUCUUGAUGACAUUAGGGGCAAAUCACGUUGGUCUGAUGCACCAACUCUCUGCUUUACUGCAUUACCAUGCCCAGUCUUGGUUCAUUACUGACAGCUUUCCUGAUCUCAGUUGGCUAGCCCCUGGGCCUCCUGGAGCUCCUAUCGAUACUAUUCGGCUGGGUACACAACUUACUUGGACAAAUCGUGAACUGUGUUUGGCUGGUCUCACUAGCCUGAUGAUGCGCGCAUUACUUGCUGGUUCCUGGGCCUGCCCCACAGAUGAUGCUGAGCCAGUGAUACAACUUUCGAGAAACCCGGAUGGUGGCGUAGUCAAGGUUGGCAGUCGAAUGGAGAUGGCUGUACUUUUUUCUCGGCUGAUGCAACACUCUCUUCUUCUACUCGAUCCCUUAAUUUACGCUUUCCAGACAUCCGGAGAGGCUACUCAGUCUGUAGAUGAUGCUAUGUAA